UUUCCUUUCAAAUCAAGUUAUCCCUUCAUAACCCAAUCAAACAUAUCAUCAUCAUAAUCAUCAAAAUUGUCAACUUAAACCUGCAAGUUAAAGUUAAACUAAAAUCUCAGUUCAAACUCAUCUCAACAUGAAAAGAGGAAAAAAUGCCGAAAAACUGUUGAAAAGUUGCUUUUAAACUAAACUCAAACAGUUGAUCAAUGAAAUGAUAAAUGUAACCCAAGAAUUGGAUUAAACUGUGCAAUUUGAAAACCAAAAAACUACAAAAGAUGAAAGUGCUAAUUGUUACAAUUGAAAAUUAAAAUUAGUAGAAAAAUAAUUUUCCCAAUUUCAUUGAAAACCAAAAAGGCGCAUCAAUGAGUGACUCUUUGAUCGGAGUUUUCAAAGUCUUUGGUCGGCGUAAAAUCGCUUUCCAGGAAGGAACCGAUGCACGAAUGACUCGAAGUCUAUUCAUCAUUGACAUAACAUGUUUAGGAUUAUCAACAACAUUAGGAACCGGCAUCUUCACCUUACUUGCUCAUGCUGCCAAACAUGAAACUGGACCUUCAGUGGUUCUCAGCUUUUUGAUAGCAGCAGUUGCUUCAUGUCUUGGAGGUCUUUGCUAUUCAGAGCUUUCAAGUCGUUUCCCUGAAGGUGGUCCAAGCUAUGUUUACCUUUAUGCUACUCUUGGUGAGAUUUGGGCAUUUCUCGUUGCCUGGUCAAUGAUAUUUGAAUAUGUAAUUGCAAGCUCAUUGGCUGCUAAAUCGUUAACCUCCUACUUGGACAAUGUAACUAAUGGUUCAUUGGUCAACCUUUUUCAUAUUCAAACUCAAUCUCUUCAAUUUUUACCCGGUUUUGAGGAUCAUUACCUUGACUUGCUUUCCGCAUUAAUAAUUGUCUCAAUUGGAGCCUUACUUUCAUUAGAUUUAAAGCUAUCAUGUUUGAUAAACAACAUCGCUGUAUUCAUCUGUUCAUUGGUCAUCGCUGGUAUCGUCAUGGUUGCCUUAUCUGAUAUGGAUCCAGAAAACUGGACAGCUGGACCAGGAUUCUUUCCAAAUGGAGUCAAUGGGAUAUUUUCGGCUGCCUCAUUAUGCUUCUUUGCAUUCCAUGGAUAUGAUAUCAUCAGUUCCAUUGCAGGGGAAACUCAACAUCGUAUUCGCAUUGUGCCUGUUGGUAUAAGUUUAGCUUUCCUUUUGGGAUUAGUUGCUUGUUUUUCAUCUUCAGUUGCAAUUACUUUGCUCAUUCCGUACUCAUUGAUGGACGAUAAUGCACCAAUCAUCCAAACAUUCACUUUACGUGGCUAUGAUGCAAUGAAAUAUCUCGUCAUUCUGGGUGCAACAAGUGGCCUUUGUGCAUCAAUUAUUGCCACCCUUUUGGGUCUCAGUCGACUUUUAUUUACAAUGUCCUCUGAUGGCCUGUUACCAAGUUCACUGUCCAAAUACGAUUCAAACAAGGGAACAACAAGCAUUGCCACCAUUUGCGCCCUACUUUUAUCAUCCUCUGUUGCCUUAACAGUUCAAAGUUCAACAUUAUUUUUGUGGCUUGGAUUCGGUUCCCUUUUAUCUUACAUGUUUGUCUCAAUAGCAAUAUUAUCCCUUCGCUAUGGACUCCCUGACCAGCUUCCUAUUGAAGCAAGUGAACUUGUUCAAAGUGAUUCAAGCUUCGAUUCAAUAUCCCAAUCAACCCCAGAGUUGACCUCACCAGCAUCAUAUCAACCAGACCUAACAUGUCAAGUUUGUUUAAAAGCGCACCAAUCUCAACCUGAAAACUACAUUUGCACACCAGCUCAAGCAGGGCAACCUUUAACAUCAACCAAUUUUGAAGCUUUCAAUUCAUUCGUCAACAAUAACUAUUCACCACCCACAGUGACACGGAACGUUAAACCUCUUAGAUUAAAAGCCCUUCAAGGAUCAUUUACAAACUCAAAUUGUUUGUUACCCCAUUCAUUUAGUGAUUGUUUACUGACUCAACGCACUUUUAAUUGUGAUACAAAUAAGUGUAAACUGUGCAUGGGUCGACCUUGUCUCAAGCCAAACCGGACAUUUAUCAAAGGAGCCAACAUGUAUGGAACCAUGGAUAAACCCAAACCAAUGACGGUCGACUUUUUGCACAACUCCAAGUUCAUCAGCUCCAUACCCAAGCUAGAGUCAGGCCUCCAGCUUGACGUUUACAGUGACAGUCUGGACAAGUUACCAACUGAGAAAAGUUCAACCAAAGUUUCCCUUCUUUUAUCGUUAACCAUGGGAUUAAUGUUAUUGAUGGGAACUUUAACCGUUCACAUAACUAAAUAUUUACCCGAUGGAGCUGAUUGGUGGAUUGAAUUAAUUGUUAGCGGAUUAUUUACUCUCAUUGUAAUCCUGGUAAUUCUCAUUGUUCGUCAACCCAAACACCGGUCAACCUCACGAAACAGCAUUCCCUGUGUACCUUUAUUACCAAUAUGUGCCAUUUGGAUGGAUAUUCAUUUGAUCAUUUGUCUUCCGAGUUCCUCUUGGAUUGCAUUCUUAAUCUGGUCACUCAUAGAAAUGAAGUUGUUAAAUCUAAAUUGCUGUGAAAUAUGGAUAUUUUGUUUAUUAGUUGAACUUGUAUCAUCUUUGAAAGUUGAUUAUGGCCAAGAUGAAGUGAGGAUUAAAGAAGGUGAAUCGACCAUCAUCAACUUUACUCUUACAGACAAGAUCCAUCAAACCAUUGCCGAUGGACAUCUUUAUUAUCAAUUAAAAAUUUCAUCACCUCGUGUUGCUGAUAUCGGAGGAGAUGGUAAUUCCAAAUUGUUGCGACUAGAUAAAGCUUUUCUUCAUCCAGAUAAAAAUGGAAUGUUCAAUUUUUCUGGUUCUGUUGACAUUAUGGGUAAACUAUUAGGUCACACUAAUCUAUUUUUAGAAUAUGUUAACCCAAACGAAACUCACCACAUCAAUGGACAGUCAAGCGCGCUACGGGAUAAUCCUCCGUGCGCUUAUAAAGAAGAGCUGUUGCCUGCAUCUGCAGACUUACUAAUUGCUGGCAAUGGACAUAAAGAGGGUGAAAAGAGUACCAAUCGAUUAACCAUUUUGGUUUCACUUAAACAUAGUCGCUUGGAAAAGAUAUUUACCCUUUCAGUGGUCUCGUUGGUUUUGCUAAAUUUCAUCAACAUGGGAUGUGCUAUAGAUUUGUUUGUUAUCAAAAGUGUACUUAAAAAACCGAUUGCUCCUUUGAUUGGGCUGAUAUCACAAUAUGUUGUUAUGCCUUUGACAUCAUAUUGUGUCGGAUAUUUUCUAUUGAAUGGCGAUGCGUAUUACUAUUGGUUUGGCUUAUUUGCUUUCGGAAUUUCGCCAGGAGGAAAUGCAUCCAACAUGUGGACUCUUUUACUUGGUGGCAAUCUCAAUCUCAGUUUAACCAUGACUUUCAUUAGCACCUUUUGCGCCUUAUUUAUGAUUCCUUUAUGGCUAUUCACAUUAGGUGCUCGCAUUCAAGGUCCAAGUACUUUCACUGUCCCAUAUAUUCGUAUUUUCGAAUCAUUGUUGGCAAUGGCCUUCUUCUUAGGAAUUGGUCUCCUUUUCCAAAAAUAUUUGCCCAAAGUGUCCAGAGUCUGUAAACGCAUCUUGGCUCCUGUAUCAACUGUGAUGAUUAUAUUUAUCGUUGUCUUUAGUACCUACGUUUAUUGGUCAAUGGUGAAGUUGUUAACCUGGAAAAUGUUAUUAUCAGCUGGUCUCAAUGUGUGGCUCGGUUUCUUAAUUGGUCUUGUGUUUUCGAUUGCAUUUAGCUUUGAAAGAGCAGAUCAGAUAGCCAUUGCAAUUGAAACCGGUAUUCAAAAUACAGGAAUAUCAAUUAUGCUCAUCCGUCUAGCCUUGCAACCACCAGAAAGUGAUUUAGCCACUCUUUUGCCAGUUGCAGCUUCCAUCAUGACUCCAAUCCCAUUGAUGAUCCUAUUUGUCUUUAAGAAGUUAUGUGAUGUUUGUUCCUCUUCACAAAAAACGGUUGUUUAUAGUUCACCUGAAGAUAGUAUUUCCCACCACAAGCAUUUACGCACACCCCAAUCAGUUAAUGGUCUAAUGUCGAUAAAGAGUUUCUCAUAAUUUUCUGUUCCUACCAAUCUCUCUACUUACCUACUCAUCAUUAUCAAUUUUAGAGCAAUAGUGAAUGUCUCCUGAGUCGAAAUGAGAAGAAAACGUUAGUUAAUUUAAACUCCAAAAAAUCAAUAUUGAAUAGUCAUUUGAAACACUCAAUCAUUCAACGAAUCAAUGAACCUUUUGUCCCAUUGAAUCUUAGUACGAAUGAAUAAUACGAAAAUAUUUAAACCAAAAUUUGCUACUGUCUGGAUCUAGUCUAAACUCAAAGGAGCUAUUGAAAGUCUGAUUCCGUCAACAUCCCAAAAUCAAAAAAAGUGCAAUCAUCUUUUAGUUGUCCAAUCAUUUUCUGUUUGCUCCAAAUUUAUACGAUAACCAAAAUUUUUGUUAAAAUUACAAAGCAAAAUUAAUUUUUUUAAAUUAGUUAUUUAAUGUACAUUGUAUUUUAAAGGUUAAUUAUUGUUGAAAAAUUAUCAAUCUAUAAUAUCUAUAAUAAUAAAUUGAAUCCAAAGCAUUUCAAAACCAAACC